AUGACUCAACUUCAGCAACUGCGAACCCAAGCCCUAGGACUCUUGGACUCCUAUGACUCGGUUCUAUCGCAGCUGCCUGGGGAUAAAGGCGGUGGAUCUGCUGGAUCGAAACAACGUGGUAAUACAACAGGAGGCACCACGAAGUUUUUGACGAACAACAGAGAUGGAGGAGGUGGUGGUGCACAGCAGUACAGUUCGAGACCUAGAGGUGUGCAGCGGAAUAUCAACACGGGGACUGGAAUGACUUUGUUGCUGCCAUCUUCAAGAACCCAAUCAAACACAUCCUAUCUGUCCUCUAGCAAAGGUUUCGGUACGGAGCGCGGAAACUUCUUCACAUCGCAAAGGGCGGCGUCGCGAGCACAUAGUCGGGAAAAGCGUGAGCAAAAACAGCUAGAGGACUCGAAAGCGGUAGUCGUCACAGCAAGUUCCGCUCCUGUGGCCCCCUUUGGCUCGAGACUAAGUCGGUUUGGGUCUUCUCCGCUAAAUAGUUCAAAGUUAAGGCCGAAGCAAUAAUUACCGUCUUUUUCGUCCUAAUUCUAGUUCUAGUAUCAGUCGUACCUGUAUAUGUUGAAAGCUAUUUCCUAGUACAUUACUCACUCCGACUCCUGAGUAUGACUUGCUACAACCUCUUCUAAUAAAGCCUGCAUCGAAACGUUCCUCGCCUGUUUCGCGCAGUCCUUCACCUUUUAGUGCACAAUCACCGGCGUCGCGGAGUCGGUCUCCCUUGGGUAACAACAACAACAACAAUAGUCGUGUCGUC